AUGAAGGAAGCGAUCGAAGGGAUGAACGGCCAGAAUCUCGAUGGUCGUAACAUCACCGUCAAGUCAACGAGGCUCAGUCUCGCUCCGGCAGCGGCGGUGUCGGAGGCGGAUACAGGAGUGGUGGACCUCGCAGAGACGGCGGUGGCGGUGGAUAUGGCAGUGGCGGUGGUGGUGGAUCUCGCUACUCGUCGAGGGGCGGUGGUGGCUCCGAUGGAAACUGGAGGAAUUAAAGGUGGGAGGAUUAGGUUAGGUCCAUGGAAUGGAAUCGUCUUCUUCAAUUUCGUUGUUAGAUGGGUAUGA